AACUUUGGACUUCUUGUUGCAAAAUUUCAUUCCAAGAAUCGAUAUCACAAACUAAGUGCGCAUCUCGUUGUGUGAAUAUACUGCCUGGUUAUUAUUAUAUAAGAAAUGAAGCUUUGGGCGACAGAACAUAUAUUUAGUCACCCCUGGAAGAAAGUCACAGAAGCAGCAUGGCAGAAAUAUCCUAAUGAACUUAAUACAAAUGUCAGAGCAAUAGAUGUAGUUGAUCGGAAAGUUACAAGAGAUGGGAAAUUACAUACAACCAGAAUAUUUGGGUCUCAUUGGAACUUACCCACAUUUAUCACAACACUUCUUGGUAUGCCUGAGAUGUGUUACGCUGUGGAGCACUCAGAGGUUGAUAUGCUAAAUGAAAGAAUGGUCUUGAAAAUGAUAAAUUAUACUUUUUGGGGAAUGCUGGCUGUAGAGGAGAAACUAGUUUAUGAACCAUCCAAAGAAAACCCUAAUGAAACGUUUUUAACACAAGGUGCUCAGAUAAGCGUGAAUGGAAUACAGUUUUCAAAUUAUUUCGAAGAGGUUAUAUGCAGUAACUUUGAAUCAACCUCUGUGAAGGGUCGGAAAGCAUUGGAGAAUGUUCUACACAAAAUUAAGAUCGAGGACGUACUAGAUGCAUUAACAGUCGAAAUACAGGAAUUAUCCACUGAGUUAGACAAAGCUACCUCUAAAAUAGACAGCGAGUUCCACAUUUCCGCUAGAUUACAAGAACUAUCUCAGGACCUAGACAAUGCUACGUCGAUGAUAAACUCCGAAUUACAGACGUUUUCCGAUAAGUUAACGUUAGAAUUUUCGAACUUGGUUAGUAAACUCAAUACGGACCUCAAUCAGAUCACUGCAAGGAUAAACGCUACGUCGGAGAAUUAUUGCGAUUUAAGACUAACUGCUGCAGUUAAGAAUUCUGGUAUAACAGCGAAAAAGCCUGGUAGUGCAAGUUGAUAUGUGGUAUUGGUUCUUUUAAAAAAUGAAAUUUAUGCAUUCAUAUCGCUCUAUUUUAUUUAACCAAUUAAAGUUUAAUCUGUUGCAAUGACAUUCAAUGAGGUUUUCAUUAAGUUUUUUGCACUUUGGUAAAGUCUUGUCUUUUGCAGACAGCGGAUUUAUUUACACAGGUUACACAGCUAAUAAAUCCUUUCACUGCCGAAUUUAGAAUUCCUACAGUUCGUUUCCCUGAUCCUUUAAUAUUAAAUUUACUGGUGAAACCAGUCUUAGCGUAUUCAUCAAUUUCCUAAAGGUCUAAAUACAACUUCUGUUUUUCUUUCUUUAUUUAAAUAUUAUAUUUAUUAAAUCGGAGUACAGCUUUUUUGUCACCAAUAUUCAUUUGAUCAAAAUUAGUUUACGUCGAAAAAGGUUUUUCUAUUGUAAAACAUAUUAAACGAAAAUGUCAGAACAACUAAAUCCGUACUUCUU